GUAGAAGGUUCGAUAAAAUGCCACGCAAGUUAGAGAUCCCACCUUAGCUGGCUACUAUCCCUCCCUCCCAACAGCAUCAGUAAUAUCGCAUCUGUCAGUCAGUCCUAUAUCUUCCUUUUCUUUCUUCCCUCUCACUCACAUCACAUCACAUGCUUCACUUCCUUCUUCUUUUACUUCUUUCCUUUCAGAUCUAAACACCCAUUUUCAAACCAAAAACCUUUUAAUAAUUUUCACAUCAAAUCAAACCCAGAAUUUGAAGAAUGAAAUGAAGUAGUUUCUAUCUUGUAAAGUUUUCACAAUGAUGGGUUUCAACCCAUCAUCCAAAAUGGGUACCAAAAACUUGCAUGAAACUUCAAACAAGAAAAGAGUUCCAACAAGAGUCUGGUUAAGCUUCCAAAUAUCAAUGGCUGUCCUCGUGGGUGGAAAUCAUACUUCAUCUAGGUUUUGUACUCGCUAAAUUCUUCUCUCAUUCUCUCUCUGGCUUUUCAAUUUCCCCCUCUCUCUCUAAAUUUCUCAAAAAUCUUGUCUUUUUUGACUAAUUCAAACAACCCUUCUGUUCUAAUCUCUUGCAAAAAAAUUCAUGGAUACGAAGAUCCUGAAUUUCCAGAUCCUUAAUGGGUCAACGAUUCGACGCUUGUUCUUUCGAUCAAUCGUGCUUGCAGCUACCAUUUCAAUGAUUGCGCUUCUUCGCGCUUUAUCAAACUAUGAUUUGGAAAGUUUUGCAUCAAAUUUGAACUGUUUUGCAUAUUUAGAAAACAACGUCACUUCAAACCCCACUUCGUAUUUCUUUCAGAAUCGAAUCUGGGGUUCCAUGAAUUGCGAAAAAGACGUUAACUUGACAGUGAAUGUGGUCACUGAGUUAAUGGGUAAGCAGUUUUUGAACUGUGAAGCAAAUACCCUUUGUGUUGGUGAAGGUUCUUCAAUGGCUGUUAAAGCAAUGAAACAGUUGGGCUUUUCAACUGUUAGUGGUGUUUAUACCAACCGUUUUUUCUCCCUCAAGAUGAAGAAUAUCGUUUAUGAGCUAGAUUAUCAAGAUUCUUCAUUUGAUUUCGUUUUGUCUAGGGACCUUGAUAAGGUUUCUGUCCCUGCUUUGCUUGUUCUUGAGGUUGAACGUGUUCUUAAGCCUAAUGGAAUUGGUGCACUUCUCGUUCGUGCUAAAAGUUCACAUCACAAUGAUUUGAUUAGAUCAGCUACACCAGUUUCAUCAUUGUUGAGAUCUUCUAGUGUUGUUCAUGUUGAUUCUGUUGAUGAUGACCUUAACCUUGUUGUUUUCAAGAAAAGAUCCGAAAAUGCAACAACUUUUUUCAAUCAUAAUCAGUAUAGUUUGCCUGCUGAUUGUCCUAGUUUGACAUUAACCAAACCUCUCAUAGAUCUGAUGGAACCUCUUGUGAGUGAAAAACCAUAUAUCACGACGCCGAUGCCGGUUUCAUAUUUGCCUAAGUUUGUAGAUGUUUCUACUAGGAAGAGGUUGGUUUAUAUUGAUAUUGGGGUAGGAGAGCUUUUGAAUGCAAAUGUUAGUGAUUGGUUCAUACCUUCAUAUCCUAUUGAUCAGAAAGCUUUCAAUGUGUAUUUUGUUCACUACAACACUUCUAUAAUGUUGUCUUAUGUGAAAAGACCUGGUAUCACGUUUGUUUAUCACCCUGGAUUAGCCGGUAAGGUCGCUGAUGCGGCUGAUAAUGUCGGAGACGAACAGCUGGAUCCUUUUGUUGGGGAGGAAGAGUUUGAUUUCCUUGCUUGGUUCAAAGAAACUGUGCAAUAUGCUGAUUUUGUUGUACUGAAGAUGAAUGCAGGAGAAGUUGAACUCAAGUUCUUAUCUGAUGUAUUUGACAGUGGAGCUAUAUGCUUCGUUGAUGAAUUGUUUCUAAGAUGUCCUGAGAAAGAAGACGGUGAUAAAACUAAUGCCUUGACAAAGAAGGAAAAUUGCAUGGAGAUUUACACUAGUCUCAGAAGCAGUGGUGUGUAUGUGCAUCAAUUGUGGGGAGACUAAAUUGCAUACAAGACUAAACCUUGGGUGUUCAGCCUUAGGUGAUUAUGGUGUGAUAAUAAAUUAUGUGUGCUUAUUAGAACUUUUAUGUGUUUGAUGUAUUUGGACUAUAGUCCAAUUAUCUUGUGUGUUGUUGUAUGUUAGUUAAGGUUAUGUAGGAUGCUAUGAACAUCCCAGUGCUUUAUGGUUUGGUGCUUAAGACUAAAAUAAACAACCAUUGUUGUUGUGGUUUGCUAGUAAAAUAUGUGUGGAUUGUUUGAGGAAGUUGUUAAGUUAUUUUAAUUGGUGAUUGGUUUGA